AUGACUAGUAUCAGAACCAUUAACGACGAGAAGACCGUAUCGGAAGUCGUAGAGACCUCAUUUGAGCCCAUAGAAAUAACGUACACCUCGACGUCGGCUUUUACCGUGCCACCACGCACAAGCGAUGUUACUUCCGUCAUCGUCAGUGCCGUGCCAUCAACAGUCGCGUCCGUCGUCACGAGUACGAGCCCUCCUCAGGUCUAUGUGUCAGUGGGAACCACCGAGAUUACCAAGUUCAUUACCGUUCCUGGUGGGAACCGAGGCAACGAGCCACAGACCCAGCCUCCAGUCUUUCAGGUCAUUACCAGUGUCUACGACGGAAAGGUCGAAACAUUUGUGGACAAGGGCACUCCUCAAACCAUGGUGAAGAGCGAUGGUGGAGUGUACACAGUCGCCUUUACGCCGCCCCCACAGACGAUUGUUACACAUGAGGGAGGCCAGGCGACCUGGAUGGUUAUCACAGUGACGCCUUCUCCAGAGGUAGCCUUCGUCGCCGUUCCAACGACGAAAGAUGGUACACCGACUGUCGUUAUAGUCCCUUCGACUCUCAAUCCAGCAGGGCCCGGCGCAUUCAAAGAGAUGGCCACCACGAUUAAUGGAAAGGCGACCGUCGUCAACGUUCCUGUCACUCAAGAACCAGUACUACUGGCUGUGCAGACCAUCAUCGAUGGCACACCGACCGUUCUAUGGAUCAAUUCUGUACCAACAGCAGGGUUCAGUCCCAUUUCAUUGACCCUGGUGUCGGAGAUUGGCGGCAAUACCGGUGUAUUAACGACAUUAGAUCCUCUAGAGACUACCAAGACGACGAUAGACGGCAAGGAGACUACCAUAAUAAGGACGCCGGGACCGCGAACGUUUACAUCGGUGUCGGGAGGGACUCUGACGACCAUGACCAUCAUCACUACCCCGACCGGCACAAUGCCUCUGUCUUUUACAGUAAUCACGACCAUUGGAGGCACCUUAAGUACUAUCAUAUCCACUCCCGCACCUACUACGUUCACCACCUCUAUCUCGGGCACAUUGAGGACCAUUACCUCCACACCAAGUCCCACAACUCGCUUGUCAACCAUCAAGCCCUCCACCACUCUUAUCACCUCCACGACCAAGCCAACAUCAACAGACAGCCCUGAUCGAGUCAUAACCGAGAUCGAAAAGUUCGGUUUUACCAAUGGCGACUACUUCGUCGGGAAGUUCCUCCCCAUCAUCCUUGCAGUCAUGAUUGCGGUUCCCCUCCGGAUCAUCGACCUUAACGCCAAGCUGUACCAGCCUUUCCACGCUCUCGCACAGGAAGGAGGCUCGUUGGGGAAAAGCAGCAUGACCUUGCAAUUUGAUGGCUGGAAAGGCUUCUUGGCUCCCUUUGAGAGUUUGUUGCAGGGUCAUCCGGUCCCUUUCAUCACAACAUUAAUCAUAUUGUGCUCGUCUCUACUUGCACCUCUAGCGACGGAAGCUAUCGGGAUGAAACUCCAUGGCACUUGCAAAAUCACAGCAAUCGAGGGCUGUGGCAUCCAAUUGGGUGUCUCUCCCGUGUCGAGCUACGCCCUAGUCGCCCUGAUCGCCUUCAUCAUAGUUUUGCUUCUCGUCUUGCUCUUUUUCCUUCGGACUUGGGAAACAGGCCUCCAUGCCAACCCCUGGAGCAUAGCCGGAAUCUCCUCCCUUGCACGUAACGCGGAUAUUCGAUCGCAUCAAAUAGACUUCAAAGCCAGCGCAAAAGCGAUGAGAGAGAAGCGAUAUGUUUUUGGCUACUUCGAUAACAAUCUCGGUCGCGACGAGUACGGCAUUAUCUACUGUGACGACUCAGCCCAGAGUCUCCAAAGCGCAACAGCUUCCGGCGCAAUUCCAGCAGACGACGAACUCACUGGCACGUACCAAAGGGACAAUGCAAAGAAAAGCCGUAAACCGGUGCCUUUCAUUGCACUUACGUGGUGGUGGCGACUCGGGUUCAUCUUCUUCCUCGCUGCCUUGUUUAUCAUCAUAUUGUACUACCAUCUCACACUGUCCCUUCGAACUUCUUUCAAAGACUUCAUGGAUAGUCAGACGUUUGGCGUUCGGUUCUUUUUCGCGGCGUUGGGUGUUACCAUUAUCUUCUGCUGGGAGUCUAUUUUCAUCAGCAUCGCAAUAAUCAGCCCCUACGACAACAUGGGUCGUCGCUCUCAGCCCCCGAAAAAAUCAAUCCUCUUGACUCGUCCAACGAACGGCUUCUACGGACUCUACGCGGCGAUAUUAGAGGGCAACAUCAUUCUUAUGCUGGCAGCUUUCAUGUCCAUCCUUGCCGAAUUCCUGCCGAUUCUCUUCGCGAACGUGCCGUACAACCUGACGCAGACUCUGAAAUCCCACAAUGUCUGCGCGACCAUCAGCCUUACGAUUCUUGCGCUCAUGUUGGCCUCCAUGGUGGCAAGCCUAUUCAUCAAAUGGCCCGAGCUGCCAGUCGAUCCGCGCAGUAUCGCUGGAGCGUUGUACUACGUCGCAGAAAGUCGGAUGCUGGAGGAUUUCGAGGGACUUUCGAAGCUGAACUCUGAAGAGCGGGAGAAGAAAGUCAAGGAGCUUGGGCGGAGGUACUUUUACGGAGGACUCACGGGUAUUAAUGGCAAAAGAAUGGGUGUUGAGUCAGUCGAGAGCGUUGAGGACACAGUAUAUACUGGUGGUCAUUGGUUCUUACCUCCACAUCAAGACCAACGGGGUGAUGGAGACAAUCGAGGGGAGUGGGUGCCGGAAUCUGAGGUACCUCAUCAACCCGUGCAGACCCUGCAUUCUGAAAGAAGGCAGGAGGUCAAUCAAGAGGAUGACGUUGAUCGAGAGGCCGUGUUACCAGAAUCCGCACAGCCUCGAGAGGUGAAGCCGGGUCCUGAAGGAUUGAUUUAA